AUUUUGUGAGGGGAAGAAGAGAUAUGAGUGGGGCAAUCCGGGGUGGGAAGAAAAAUUGUAUGGGUGAAGGAUGCCUAUACUACGUAGUGGAGUGCUCAAGGGCCGCGCUCAGCCAGAGCAGGAAGCGAUUGUUGUAGAUUUGGAGAAAAAGCCUAACCCUAAAGGUAUUGUAAAGCCCAGGAGUCGCCGAAACUGUAGGAAGCCUAAUAAUUUUGUUAAUCCUAACGAUCAAUCAGAGCCUGUUGUUACUCGUAAUAAUGUGCGCACGAGGGCUGCUGUAGCUAAGGAAGAGAAGGCCGUUGUGGUGGUUAAGGCUCAGCCGAGGGCUGGAAAGAGAAACCCUAACCCUAAUUUUAAUAGGGUAGAAGGCUUCACUUGUGGUGAGGGAGGGUUAGAUCGGGUUUUACCUGGCGUUGAUCUGAACGGCGUGGAGGAUUUCCGUCAGUUGACGGAGAAGAUGGAGGAUGAUGAGAGCGGUGGAAGGAGCGCUGACAAGGUUGCCGCUGGUGAAGACGAGGGCAGCACUGCCCCUCUGCCAGAAAAGGUUCAAGUGGGUGGAUCUCCUUUGUACAAACUAGAAAGGAAGUUAGGUAAAGGAGGGUUCGGACAAGUUUACGUAGGGCGUCGCUUAUCUGGUGGUGGUACAGCUAUUGGUCCUGGUGCUGUUGAGGUUGCUCUAAAAUUCGAACACAGAUCAAGUAAAGGUUGCAAUUAUGGUCCUCCAUAUGAGUGGCAAGUUUACAACACUCUUGGUGGAAGUCAUGGUGUUCCCAGGGUACACUAUAAGGGCCGCCAAGGCGACUAUUAUGUUAUGGUUAUGGAUAUGUUGGGUCCAAGUUUGUGGGAUGUUUGGAACACUUCUGGGCAAGCAAUGUCAACUGAGAUGGUGGCAUGCAUUGCUGUUGAAGCUAUUUCCAUUUUGGAGAAGAUGCAUUCUAAAGGAUAUGUUCAUGGUGAUGUAAAGCCUGAGAAUUUUUUGCUUGGUCCACCUGGAACAUCAGAUGAAAAGAAGUUGUUCCUUGUUGAUCUUGGAUUGGCAACACGAUGGAGGGAUAGCAAUACUGGUCUUCACGUAGAGUAUGAUCAAAGACCAGAUGUUUUCAGGGGAACUGUUCGAUAUGCAAGUGUACAUGCUCAUUUGGGAAGAACUGGAAGUAAGAGAGAUGAUCUUGAAUCUCUUGCAUAUACACUCAUAUUUCUUCUUCGGGGCCGUCUGCCGUGGCAGGGAUAUCAGGGUGACAACAAGGGUUUUCUGGUUUGCAAGAAAAAAAUGGCCACAUCACCAGAGAUGUUAUGCUGCUUUUGUCCACAACCUUUCAAACAGUUUCUUGAGUUUGUGGUGAAUUUGAAAUUUGAUGAAGAGCCAAAUUAUGCAAAAUUGAUUUCACUUUUUGAUAGCAUCAUUGGUCCAAACCCUGCAGUCAGACCAAUAAAUACGGAUGGUGCUCUGAAGCUUGUCUACCAGGUUGGUCAAAAGAGAGGAAGGUUGACUAUGGAGGAAGAUGAUGAUGAGCAGCCAAAGAAGAAGGUUCGGUUGGGUAUGCCUGCCACACAAUGGAUCAGUGUUUAUAAUGCACGUCGGCCUAUGAAACAAAGAUAUCAUUAUAAUGUGGCGGAUACAAGACUUGCACAGCAUGUUGAGAAAGGAAAUGAAGACGGCCUAUUUAUUAGCAGUGUAGCUUCAUGCUCAAAUCUUUGGGCUCUAAUUAUGGAUGCGGGGACUGGAUUUUCUGCCCAAGUUUAUGAGCUUUCUCAGUACUUCCUUCACAAGGAAUGGAUCAUGGAGCAAUGGGAAAAGAACUAUUAUAUAAGUGCAAUUGCAGGGGCCACUAAUGGUAGCUCUUUGGUAGUAAUGUCGAAAGGCACACAGUAUACGCAGCAGUCGUAUAAAGUCAGUGACUCGUUUCCAUUUAAAUGGAUAAAUAAAAAAUGGAGGGAAGGAUUUUAUGUCACUUCGAUGGCUUCUGCAGGAAGUCGAUGGGGUGUUGUUAUGUCUCGUAAUGCUGGUUUUACUGAUCAGGCAAUUGAGCUUGAUUUCCUAUAUCCAAGUGAGGGUAUACACAGGCGUUGGGAUAAUGGGUAUCGCAUCACGGCAACUGCAGCAACAUGGGACCAGGCAGCAUUUGUUUUAAGCGUUCCUAGACGGAAACCUACAGAUGAAACUCAAGAGACACUUCGAACAUCUGCAUUUCCAAGUACUCAUGUAAAGGAAAAAUGGGCAAAGAAUCUUUAUAUUGCUUCUGUCUGUUAUGGGCGCACAGUAUCAUGAGGCACCAAUAUACUAAGUAUUCUAAUGUAAGUCUCUAAUGCCUUCACCAUGUGCAUACAGCUGAUUCUAUCUGACCCAUCCGCUGUAUUGUACCAGUUUACAAACUUCAAAAAUCUCCUGAAAGGUGGUUUUUGAACAAGAUGUGUAGGCUAAGAAAAUUUUGAUUCGCAAGCAUGUUGGUUGGAUAUAAUAGCUCAUCUCUUCCCAUCUUAUUGGUAUCCAUAUAAAAUGAAGCAAGAGCAAUGUUACAGGUGUAUGGUAGGAAGCCUUACACUAGUAGCUCCCAGCUCAUCGGUCUUUAUGAUUGUGAAGCUGAGGUGUGCACUUGCAUUAGCUUAAAAUCUGUGUAUAAUACACAAUAAAUCACUACAAACCAUUGUAGACAAACGACAAGAUUUUAAAUUUACAUCCCUAUUGUAUUUAAUAUUAACAAAGGCACGGAAAUUUGUAUUCGAUAGAGAAAGUAUUUUUGUCCAGCUUA